AUGUGGCCACAGGUGAUGGGGAACGGCAACACCAGCUCCUUCGAAGGCUUCAUCCUGGUGGGCUUCUCUGACCGGCCCCGCCUAGAGCUGACCCUCUUCCUAGUGGUCCUCACCUUCUACCUGCUGACCCUUCUGGGCAACGUGACCAUCAUCCUGCUUUCCGCCUUGGACUCCCGGCUGCACACGCCCAUGUACUUCUUUCUGGCCAAUCUCUCAUUCCUGGACAUGUGCUUCACCACAGGCUCCGUCCCUCAGAUGCUCUACAACCUGUGGGGCCCCGACAAGACCAUCAGCUACGUGGGCUGUGCCAUCCAGCUCUACUUCGUGCUGGCCCUGGGCGGUGUGGAGUGUGUCCUGCUGGCUGUCAUGGCCUAUGACCGCUACGCUGCCGUCUGCAAGCCCCUGCACUAUGCCGUCAUCAUGCACCCACGUCUCUGCGGGCAGCUGGCUUCCGUGGCCUGGUUGAGUGGCUUUGGCAACUCCCUCAUCAUGGCACCCCAGACACUGAUGCUACCUCGCUGCGGGCACAGGCGUGUGGAGCACUUUCUCUGUGAGAUGCCAGCACUAAUUGGCAUGGCCUGUGUGGAUACAAUGGCCCUUGAGGCACUGGCCUUCGCCUUGGCAAUCUUCAUCAUCCUGGUGCCGCUCAUCCUCAUCCUCAUCUCUUACAGUUACAUUGCGCGAGCCGUGCUCAGGAUCAAAUCAGCCGCUGGGCGAAAGAAAGCCUUCAACACCUGUAGUUCCCACCUCAUCGUUGUCUCUCUCUUCUACGGAACAAUCAUAUACAUGUACCUCCAACCAGCAAAUACAUAUUCCCAGGACCAGGGCAAAUUCCUCACGCUUUUCUACACGAUCGUCACGCCCAGUGUUAACCCCCUGAUUUAUACACUGAGGAACAAAGAUGUCAAAGAGGCCGUGAAGAAGGUGCUGGGGAAGGGGAGUGCAAAAGCGGAGUCGUGAGUGUCCAGGUGCGGGCCUGCCCUCGUCAGACCCAGCAGACGAAGGGAUGUUCUGGCAGCGUGAGCCGGAGAGGCGCCAGGACAGAUGUGGAAUUCAGGGGUUUGGGCAGGUGAAGAAGACGCAAUAUUCCUGAGUGACAAUCACUGCUGCUCUCUUAGGUCCCUCCAAGUCGAGCAUUCUUGCCCCGUAGAGCUCCAAUGCAGGCCAGAGCAGUGAUCUAAGCUUUCAAAACACCAGCCACGAAUGCGGACACCAGGUGUCAUUGCUCCCUGCCAAGUUCUGUCACGAUCCUUUGCACUUAGUAUGUCCUCAACAAAUACACACACACACACACACACACACAAGGAGAUCUUAGAAGUAGUGCCAGAAAAGCACUUAUUUUUUCUAGAAAAUCAGAUGUCCCUUUAUAGUGCCAAAAGCCUGAAUGAGAGAAAAAAUAACUUGCUCAGUUAACCAGCUCUAGUACCUCCCACUUCAGAAGUGGCUUGCAGAUUCUGCAGAUUUUUAUCCCUUUCUUGUUUUGCUAUUUGUAUGUGCAUUACUGUUUAAUUAAUAUUUUAGAGUGGAAACAGGAGAUCAAGAGACUGAGUAAAAUUUCUACUGAUAUAUGGAUUUUGGAAGCUCCUAUGGAGUUCCUGGCCAUUUCUCUUCAAAAUAUGAUUUUUUCUGUAGAAUAUUUGUUUCACUGCUUUUUUCUCUAAAAAUUUUAGAACUGAGAAUAAUGAAUGUCAUGGAGAGGUCAGGGAGACACUGCCCAUGGACACUUAAUCAUGACCUAAUAUCACCUUUCAAUUACUCAAUAAAAAAGCCGUUUAGAAAGUAUAGUUAGUUCACCCUCUUAGCUAUAAAGCUGGAUGAAUCAAAUGUAUUCUAAUUGUUCUACUGUUCCUGGGACUUGCAGAAUACUGCAAAUUAAACAAUAAAACAGAAAUAUUCUGUCCUUAUUCUACACAGAUUCUUCCUUUCACUAACCCAUGACUCACAUAAAAAAUACAGACUGAUCUUUACAUUGAGAACAUGAAGGCUUAGGCAGAAGUGAUCCACCCACUGUGCACGACUGCAGGAUGCAUAAUUGCAUCCCAGGGAAACAAAUGUCAUGCGUAUGCCUCUGUGUUGUGCUUCGCCCACUGUGAUUUUAAAUGAAGAGCUAAGUGAGGAUAGCUCAACAAGUGUCCAUUGGUCAGAUGAUCAGGUUAUUUUUCCAUUCUGUGUUCUGAUGGGUGGUUAAAGGACUCUGAAGACAAUUUCCACCUAUUUGAUAUUUUUUCUUUCACAUUUUCCCUCCUAAUUCAUUAAUUAAACAAAUACAUACUGAGUGCCUGCUGUGUCCUAGGUACUGGAACAGGAUAUACACAAGACAAAUAGACACAAACCAGAUCAUCCCUGCAGUGAACUUGCUUUCCUGUGGACAAGAGCGAUAAUUGACUUUUUUUAAAAAAAAUCUUUUUUCUGUAAUAUCUUUGUAAGUGUUUUUGAAGAGAUGUGUGGUAGGAAAAACAGAAAGGCAGGGAGUCAGUAAGGACCCCAGGGAGAAGCUCAAACCCCUGGGAGAUAAGGAAGCAAAGAGGGGUGGCGCCAGCAGAGGGAGGAGUGAGCACACAGUUCAGGUAGGGAGGAGGUGGAGGAGGAGGGAGGAAUGAGAAACUGCCUGACAUGCAAGACAGGGCUAGAGUGACAGAUGUCGUGCUGUCGGUGCCACCAGCGAGCUGCGGUGACUGCGGAGUGGCAGGCUGCAGCCUGGGUUGGAGUGUGUCUGAGAGAGCAGGCGAGAACCUGAAAUGCAGUGAAUGAAACUGAGCCUUCUCAGAGCAGGGACCCAGACGUGGGAGGCGAGGGAGGCCCAGAGCUGGUGAGUUGCCGAUGGCCACGGCAGGCCCCAAACAGAGUCGGCAGCUGGGAAAUGCAUCUCUGUUCCCUGGUGGAGCAGGUGGCACAUCUCAGUGUCCACGACGUCCACCGUCCAUGCCGCUUGAAUGCAUGCCCUCUUCUAUGUUCUUAGAAGAACUUCUCUAAGAUCCCAUGGGGCUCCUCUUCCUGCAGAAGGGAGUUGUGGGACAAACUGUAGCUUCAGUCCUUGGAGCUGGGGUAGCAGCCACAGCUGCUGCUUCUCAGCCCUUCCCAGCUGUCUAUUCCAGACGGCCCUCACCUUCAGCUGGUCUUGGUGACUCAGACUCAUGCUGUCACUCAGAACUUGAUUCCUGGUGGCAUUCAACCUUCAGUCUCCAAGCCCUUUAAAACCGGUCUUGCCUCACUUAGAGACAAAUUGGGGCUGGGAUUUGGCAAGAGUUGCCUGAGUGGAUCACUUGCAUGUCAGAAGUAUUACUUCUAACCCUCGCUGUGUUUCAGGGGCUGUGGCUCCCCAGGGCUCCUUACCCAGCCAUCAGUAUUCCCAGAACUUUGGGGAUGAAUGGACUGGCCUGGAAGGAGUCAUCUCGAGGCUGGGGUGGGGGGGUGAGCCACAGCAUCCACUAUAACAGGCCUGCAGAUCAAGAGCAGCUGCCUCUGGACCUGAUGUCUGAGAAGGGAUCCAAGACCUGGAGCACGAGGUCAUGAUCUGGCAGACUUCUGGGGGUCUUGGAAGAAACUACAUCUAUUUCUCAGAUGAAAACACUGUAAUCAACUGCAAAAACUGCUCCAAUUCUGUACCCUUUCUGUGUUCGUCCCACUUACAAUAGGACUUUGUAGUUCCUCCUAUCAAAACAUAAAAUCUAUUUCCUGACCACUUGAGUAUGAGUUGCUCUUUUCUUAAAAAAUAAAAGAUUUAUUUAUUUGAAAGGCAGACUUAGAGAGAGAGAGAUCUCAUUGUUUUUGACUGCUGUAUAGUAUUCUAUAGAGUACAUAUCCCAUAAUUUCUUUAUCCAGUUUACUGCUGAUGGGCAUUUAGGUUGAUUCCAGGUCUUAGCUAUUGUGAAUUGAGCUGCAAUAAACAUUAAUGUGCAGACUGCUUUUUUGUUUGCCAAUUUAAUUUCCUUUGGGUAAAUUCCAAGGAGUGGGAUGGCUGGGUUGUAUG